AUGGCCCGGCUGGGCCCGCUGCUCCUGGCCGCCGCCCUGGGUGCGCUGCUCAGCUUCGCGCUCCUGGCCGCCGCGGUCGCCAGCGACUACUGGUACAUCCUGGAGGUGGCGGACGCCGGCAAUGGCAGCGCCUGGCCCGGGCGCGCAGAGCUGCUCUUCUCGCACUCGGGGCUCUGGCGCAUCUGCGAAGGGCAGAACGGCUGCAUCCCGCUGGUCGACCCUUUCGCCAGUGAGAGCCUAGACGUCUCUGCCUCGGUGCAGCACCUCAUCUCACUGCUUCCACCGCCCCUGUGUUUCCAAGAGGACGUUUCCACGCAGACCUGUCCCAGUGCUGUGCUGCUGUCCCUAACCACAGUGCUGCACCGUGCAGUCAUGGUGGUCCUGCCCCUGAGCCUGGUCCUCGUGUGCGGCUGGAUCUGCGGCCUGCUCAGCUCCCUGGCCCAGAGCACACCUCUGCUGCUCUUCACCGGCUGCUACUUCCUGCUGGGGGCACAGGCUGAGACUGUAACCGGUAACCACCCAUCCGCUGACGUGGUUCCAGCUCCGACUACAUGCCGAGUGCUGGCCAAGUGCUCCUCCGAAGGCUCCCCAGUCCCAGCUGCAGGCCACAUGAGAACGACAUUGAAGUCAAGGUCUCCUCUAGACAAUGAAAUCAGGAAGAAUCCAAAUGACCCGACCCUGCAGCCCAUCUGUGUCCUGACACUGGCGGGGGUCAGCAUCUACAUCAGCUACUCGCACCUGGCCUUUGUGGAGACGGCGCGGCAGUAUGGCCCGCAGCAUGUGCAGGGCAUCCGCGUCAGCUUCGGCUGGUCCAUGGCCCUGGCCUGGGGCUCCUGUGCCUUGGAGGCAUUCAGCGGAACCCUGCUGCUCUCAGCUGCCCGGACCCUCAGCCUGAGCCCCCCACUCUGUGGUCAUCUGAGUCCCCAGCAUGUGGGAGGGAGCAAAGCCCUUUCUCCAGGGAUGGCCCAGCUCUGCCAGGUCCUGGGCCCACUGGCAUCCCACUCUGGCAUGUUUAUCUGCACCACCUGGCCUUACCACACUGAGUCAGAGCUGACUUGGGUGUCAAGUAGGAAGCACCAGUGUGAAGCUGUCACUGGCCACGUGGCCCUGAACAAAGGGCUCCUCUCUGACCUAGAGCGAAGGCCUGCCCUGCUGCCUCCCAAGCUCUGGUGA